CGGAAUAAUUAAAUUAAAUAAAUUCUUGGCUCUUAAAUUUCCUCUUUCCCUUUCAUCUUCCUCCUCUGUCUUCCUGCAUCCACGAACCCUAAAACUCAAAACCUCAAACUCUCCAAAUCCUUAAUUUUGUGAUUUGCCCCUUUUUGAUCUACCUAAAAUCUUUGUAAAUUCGUCGAAUUUCUCAAUUCUCAAUUUCAGAUGGAUGAUAGUUGUGCGGUAUGUGCGGAUACCCUAGAAUGGGUUGCAUAUGGACCAUGUGGACACCGCGAAGUCUGCUCAACUUGCGUCGCUCGACUUCGAUUUAUCUGUGAUGAUCGUCGCUGUUGUAUUUGCAAAUCCGAUUGUAAUGUCGUUUUUGUCACCAAGGCAUUGGGAGAUUAUACAAGGGCAGUGAAUGACUUUUCGACGUUUCCUGCGCAAGUGAAGGAGGGCAAGGUGGAAAACUAUUGGUAUCAUGAAGAUACACAAGCGUUUUUCGACGAUGCUGAACAUUACAAGAUGAUAAGGGCAAUGUGCAGGCUUUCUUGUAGUAUUUGUGAUAAAGAGGAACACCCGCAGCAUAAGAGGCAAAGAUUUAGGAAUAUUGGUCAGCUUAAGCGUCAUUUGAGCUAUGAUCAUGGACUUCGUAUGUGUGACCUUUGUUUAGAAGGCAGAAAGGUAUUUAUUUGUGAGCAAAAACUCUAUACUAGAGCACAGUUGAAUCAGCACAUGAAAAGAGGUGAUUCAGAGGUGGAUGGAACUGAAAGUGAAAGAGGAGGGUUUACUGGGCAUCCUAUGUGUGAGUUUUGCCGAUCCUCAUUCUAUGGAGAAAAUGAACUCUAUUCUCACAUGUCAACUGAACACUUUACUUGUCACAUUUGUCAAAGGAGAAAUCCUGGGCAGUAUGAAUAUUUUAAGGAUUAUGACGACUUGGAGACUCACUUUCGUCAUGACCAUUUCUUGUGUGAAGAUGAAGCAUGUCUUGUAAAAAAGUUCAUUGUAUUUCAAACAGAAGCUGAACUGAAGAGACAUAAUGCUUUGGAACAUGGGGGCCGCAUGUCUAGGUCAAAGCGUAAUGCUGUUCUGCAGAUACCAACUAGCUUUAGAUAUCGAAGCGGUAAUGAGUCGAGUGGGCAUCAUCGUGGACGGAGAAGAUCUUUUCAUCGUGAAUUAUCUCCUGAUCAUGAACUAAGUAUGGCGAUUGAAGCCAGUCUUGAUAGAGUUAAUACAAGUCAUCGGGUUAGUGGCUCGUCAGCAGCAUCCAUCGCUGAACCGCUGAGUCAUGUUGGGGCAGACUCAAGCGACAUUGAUUCUCUUCUGCAGCCAUUUGACUCCUUGAAUGCUUCUGAUUCGGAACCAGCUUCUAGAUACCGCCAGGCUGUGUCUCAGACUAAUGUGUCUCUAAGAGAAUCUUUUUUUCCGCCUCUUUCAACUGCCCCCAGCAGCAGCCAACAGAAUUCUCAACAAGAAUCCCAGAGUACUAUGGCAGCUCGCCUACGUCGUAAAAACAAUGCCACUGUUCUUAACGUUGCUCAGCCUAGGCCAGCUGGUAACCGUGGACCUGCUCCGUCCUCUUCAGCUGGUUGGCCUGCUCCUUCAGCUGCUCGGGUUGCUUCAGCUGUACCCGCUCCACCUACUUCAUCCACUAGGCCUGCUUCGGCUAAUGCUACUGCUAAUACAGCUGCUUGGCCUGUUCCUGCUGCAGCUACUUCAGUAGCUAAGCCUGCUCCUUCUCUUGUUCCUUCUUCUGCUUCUGGUCAAAUCAAGCCGUUGAACGUCAGUGGUUCUGGAUCAUCUAGUUAUGCUAGGUCUUUGCAUGCCCAGCCUAUGGCUGAACCAGCCCUCGGAGGGGGAGCUUCAUGGGGCUCAAAAAAUGUGGGUAGUAGCCGUAUGUUGAACCACUCAUUCUCUGCUCCUAACCUCACUGAAAGUAGAUCAUUUGAUCCAGUAUCUGAUUUUCCACCAGUGUCGGCAGUUCAACCCAACAGGACGCUUAAUACUAAUGUGCAAACAGCAAAUAAAUCAUUGGUAGAGCGAAUGCGAGCUGCCCUUGAUUAUGAUGAAAACAAAUAUAGUGCCUUCAAGGAAAUCUCGCAGGAGUACCGUCAGGGCUUGAUUGGCACAUGGGAAUAUCUUGAUUAUGUUAAGCAGUUUGAGUUAACACACCUUGUUCCGGACUUGGCUAGAUUAUGUCCUGAUACCCAGAAGCAAAAAGAGCUCAUUGAGGCCUAUAAUGUUUCUUGUAAGAGUAAUGGUACACAAGAAUCAUCCAGUAGUUCAAAGGCCAAAGGUAAGAAGGUAAUAAAUGCUGAGAGCCACAGCUCAGGGGUGGCGAUAGCAGAUAAUGUCAUUGCUACGCUGAAGAAUUUGCAUUCUCAAAUGACGCCGUCUGAUGGAGAGAUAGAGGUUUUAGAAAAGGAUGGCUAUCGUCAUAGCAAGGGGAAAACAACUGUUGCAGCAGGUGAACUAAAUGGCAGCAACGAGCUUCCCCCUUUCCAAGUAACUAAAAGUACAACUGGUAACACUUCAGCAGAAACAGGAAGCAAGCAGAAAAAGAAGACUUCAAAAUUUCACAGAAUUCGCUUAGGUGAUAACUCUGCUGCAGCCGUUUUAGAUGUCAGAAACUCUUCCAAUCAUAAUUCAGCUGAGACCACUUCAAGUCUGCCAAAACCAUCAGAAGGGUCAUCUGCACCUAAUGUUUGGCGCAACGGAAGUGGUCAGAGACUAUUUGGAAAAUGAUAGAUAUUUCUGGCUAACCAACUAUUUUUGAGACUUGAAAGGUGGUUCUUAAGUAGAAGUGCCUUCUUUUCAGGUUUGUAUGCUGAUAAUCUGCAUAGAUACAUUUUGACCUCUUUUGCUUCAUGUCUUUUGGUGAUGAAGAUCAAUUCCUCCUUGUGCCUAUUAAAUUUGAGCUCGUGGAGAAGGUUUGGCACAAUACUACAUAGUGGUGUAUACAUAAAUCAAUAGUACUGUGCGGUUUUUGGUUGUUUAUGACAAGUGCAAUUGGCAAGCGAAAGUCAUAUCGUUUUCAUUUUGUGCGGAGUUUAAAGAUAUCUUGUAGUGUCUCAACGCCAAGCAAAGAGUGGAUUCUUUUUGAAGAAUAUUGCUCUUUUAAAUAAAAAAAAUUCUUCAUUAUA